UUUUUUUUGGAAGCACCACCAAAAUUCUAAAACACCCUCUGUUCUAACAUAGUUCAAACUUCGUGGUGUUGAAAGGCGAAGGCGCGUCUAAUAUAAUAUACACCACUUCAGAGUCUUAACAAUGUUCUUCACCUCAUGGGCUCUGUGGGAGCAAAUGACCUUUAUUCUAGGUCUGGCAAUCCUCUUGGUAUUCGCUAUCGGAUAUGGGAAGCUGCUCUACACCAAUAGGUUGGUGCAGAAGCAAGAAGUUGUUGAUGAGGAGAAAAGAAUGAGGAUUCAAGAGUUGAGAAGCAGUGGUCAGAUUGUUGAGUCACGCAAGAGCCACGACAUUCCCUUUGGAAUUAGGGCCAUACAGAGCGGAAUCCAGAUAGACGGAAUAUGGAUUUCCCAAGGAAGUACCCCGGUGCCAAGUGAGCUUAAGCUAGGACAUCUGCGCGGAAGCUCGACAGAUAUGAUCGACCCUGAUCCGAACAAAGAAGCCCAAUUUUCGAGCGAGACGACCGCCGAGUCACUCCGACCAAGUUCUAGACAAGGAAGGCCCCUAUUCAGGGCCAUGGACUCGUCCAACUUGAUUCUUGACAAAGUCUACGAGGCCUCAGACACAGAACGACCAAAUACUGCUAGAUCACACGCUUCGUACAAACCUCGAAGAGCCUCGCACUUGCGGCACGGUAGCCAUGGCCAAUAUGAUGAAGAGACUCUCGGUCACUUAGAAGGCAUCUCUCCCUCACCAAAAAGGAAGGUUCACGCACACCGACCUCGAUCAACUCCUCUACUCGAUGCAGGGGCGGAUUCUUCUGCAGCAGACAAUGAGCAUUCGUCCACAGGAGUCUCUGAUUCAGAUACCUCACUGUCACACAAACUGCAAGAAGCCGACAGCUCUUCGCCGCAAUUUUUCUUCAGCGAGCCAGAUGUUCGCAAUGCUACGUCUUUGUCAAUCUCCAAUGUCCCUUCUGGCAACGCAGUCCGAGCAUCACUACCUAUGCAAAGGUCGAAGGCGGAAUAUUUCUCAGUGCCUCUUGACUCGCCUCGCUUCGAAUCUUCAGACCCUUUUGCGACGCCGCUAGCAAGCCCACUCGAGUCGGUUCCAAUGCUCAAAGUAGAGAAUUCCCCCUUGGUACAAGAGCCCAGUCCACCUGCGGACUAUCAAACUUUACCUUUACAGCCAAGUCGAUCUCCAUCGCCGUUCAUACCAGGAGAGCUUCACGUCAACAAGACAGUACGGAAGGUUAAUUCCGGGUUUGAAGUUUUACCCGCCGGCACAUUCGGCGUCCCACCAGAGUUCAAAGGAAAGGGAAUAGACUUAGGUGAAGAUGAUGACUCCGGAGACCGGAGGCAAUCGAGGCUUCAGAAAAAGCCACGGACAUCUAUGACGGUUCAACGGACCUCGGGCACUAUUGAACAUCCCUGAGAAGUGACUGAGAGGAUGUAAUAUCUUUCAGGAUUUAUUUAUGGCGUUCGGAAGGAUAAAGGAUAAAAGAAAUAUGCAUACGUUAACGGAAAAGCUUGCGCAGAAGCAGUGUAUUGUAAAUAGUGCUGAUAAGGACUCACCAAAUGACUUGUCUUCAGAACAUAUUAUGAAUGGAAAAUAGUCGGUAGGCGCAAGCCAAAGGAGCCA